CACCCGAAGAAGAGGAUUUGGAAAAAGAAAAGCGAGGGGGGUGUAACUAACUGCCCACACGAGAGGAAACUACGCCGUGCAAGGCUGCGUGUUUUGUAUCGCGACAUAGUGUUUUGUGUAGCCCUUCUUGAAUACGGGAUCUGUUGAAAAGAAGCCCAACGGUUGGUCUUUUCGGGUCCGGCACAGCGCUUGCACCCGCGACGAAGUCGAAAACAAGGCUCGGCGCGUUUGUCGCCAUCUUGCGCACUCAAAAGCGCCUCUCUUUCUCCUUCAGCAGUUGUUUGCUCGUGGUAGAAUGGCGGAGGCGGAUCGACCGGGGAAGCUUUUCAUCGGCGGACUGAACACCGAGACCACCGAGAAGGCCUUGGAGCAGUACUUCAGCAAGUAUGGCAGGAUUGUUGAAGUGAUUUUGAUGAAAGACCGCGAAACUAACAAGUCGAGGGGCUUUGCCUUUGUGACUUUUGAAAAUCCAGCUGAUGCCAAGGAUGCAGCUCAUGAGAUGAAUGGAAAGUCUCUGGAUGGUCAGCCAAUUAAAGUUGAGCAAGCAACCAAACCUCUAUAUGAGAGUGGCGGCAGGCGACCACCUCUGUACUCUCGCAGUCGUGGACCGCCCAGAGGUCCACGAGGAUCCCGGGGUGGAAUGAGGGGACCGCCAUCCAGAGACUACUAUGACAAUUCAGGGAAUGGGGACCCCUACUAUAAAGGCAUGUCUUCACGAGGGCCACCACCACCUUUGAAGAGAGGACCCCCUGUACGUAAUGGUGGCCCCCCACCAAAAAGGCCGGCUACAUCAGGUCCAAUGAGCAGAGCACCCAUGUCACGGGACAGGGAUCCUUAUGGCCCACCUCCUCGCAGAGACUCCAUGAUGUCCAGGAGAGAUGACUAUCCGUCACCAAGAGAUGAUCAUUACCAUGCAAAAGAUGGAUACUCGAGCAGAGAUUACAAUUCAAGAGACUCAAGGGACUACGGGCCUCCAUCAAGAGAUUAUUCGUACAGAGACUACUCCAACUCCAGAGAUGAUUAUGGAUCAAUGUCCAGGGGAUACAACGACCGUGACAGCUAUGGUGGAGGCCGAGAUUCACGGAGCUACAUGGACCGUCCAAGUGGUGGAUCGUAUCGGGACUAUGAUGGUUACGGUAACUCACGCAGCGCCCCAACUUCACGGGGCCCCCCACCAUCCUAUGGUGGCAGCGGCGGAAGCAGUCGUUAUGACGAUUAUGGCGGCAAUUCCCGAGAUGGAUAUGGCAGUCGAGACAGUUAUCCCAGCAGUCGGAGUGACCAAUACCCACCCAACCGCGGUGAACGAAUGGGCAGGCAGGACAGGGGCCCAGGCCCCUCUUCUGAUAGAGGCUACCCUCCCCGAGACUCGUAUGGCAGCUCAAGUCGGGGAGGGCCACGUGGUGGCAGAGGAGGAGUGCGAUCUGAUAGAGGAAUGGUCCGCAGCAGAUACUAAAAUGGACAAUGAAAACCACUUGCAAGAAGAUCCUGGUCGUGAUGCACAGUCAUUGCGUGUUUUGAUCCCAUUCUGAAAAGCCAACGUUGUCAAACUUCUAUAACCUAGCUGUCAGCUGUCACACUUCCCCCAUUUUUAUGUCUUUUUUUUUUUUUUUUAGUCGGUAAUCUCUUGCUCAUGUAACAGUACUGUUACCAAUUUUUUGUACCUUUUAGUGCUAAUGGAAUCUGCAUUUCCCUAUAACUUUGGCUCUCCCUUUCCAAUAAAGCUUUUAGUUGAACCAUAACUUCUCAUCAAUUUGCCAACUGGUUACAUGAAUUUCAAGUGCAAUGGUGUCCUAGCAGCUUCUCUGUAAACCAUGGAUGUCUCUAGCCAGACCUUCUAUCCAAGGACUACUUUUCCGUACGAGUGUACUGCAAACUGGUCACUGCUGUCAAAGGGUCGGACAAAAUUCACUGUCAAACACUGUUCUAAUGAAGUUACCCUGGAAACGGAUGCUUCACCCUAGAGCCAUUUCAUGGCAUCCUGCGACAAAGUCAAAGGCAACAACAACCAAAAGCAAGAUUCAAUACUCCUCGACCAGUAGUCAACAGCUGGUAAGCAAAGCAAAACUCUUUCUCUCCUCUGUCAAUGCGUUUCUUAUUGUCCUGUCAUGCAAAUCUUCAAACUUAGCCCCUCACAACUUUUGCCUCGAAAAAUUCAAACCUGGACGCCCAACUGAAUUCUGCUUUUUCGUAAGGCCUUUUAUCUGCCAAAGUUCAGCAUCAGACCAAGACAAUUUGAUCCUCUCCAUUUUCAAUGUCUCAAAUUACAAGAUGGGAACUUUUUUUUUUUUUUAACCAAACAACCAUUGAUUAGAAACUAAAUUUGAACUCCAGUUAAUAAUCUUUUUGGGAUAGAACCCUUUUCCCUUCUGAGGUUUUUGGCGACAAGCAUAUCGGUUCAUUCAAAGGAGACCUGAAAGCGACAAAUGGCCGAACUCUGCAACUGGAAACGAUCACUGGGAUGCGCUGGAACAGGGACUUGAGAAUGUCAAACCUGAAAUACAUUUAUGGGCUCAAUUGAAUGGUUUUAACUCAUGGUUUGCUCUACAGGAUGAGCAUUUUUAAGGACAGAGUGGCCAUGAUUGGUACAUGAAGUGCAUCGUCAUGCUGUUGAACUGCAGGUGAACCCAAGUCCUCUUUGCAGAUGCUGUUGAGGAUCUGCCAAGGCUGCUGUUGAAGCCCAACAUGGACGGUUAUGUUGAAAAUGAAGAGCAGGCGAGCUGAUGCCAUCAUAUAGGUUUUGGAGUUGAGCUCAUAAUUUUAAUAAAAUUCUGAAUUUUUAGGGUGUUUUCCUUUGUGUGGGAGGUUGAGGGGUACAAGCCAACAGUCCCUUCACAGCACAAGUCUCAUUUAAGUAGAAGAAUGGAGACACCACUUGCUGUGUUUUAGGUUGUGGGAGGAAACAGGAGUGCUCAGAUGAGAGCAUGGCUUCACAGAUUCAGACCAAGUUUACGCUACGGGUCCAGAUUUUAUAUAGAAUGUUUUAUACUAAUUUAGAGGACGGACGUAUUGCCAUGAGAGGGAAAAAAGGAAUGGACAUCCAGAUUUAUUAUUUCUAUUCUAUUUAUUUCCGUUUUUUUUUUAACUUGCUCUUAUGUUUCCACCUGUCAUGCU